AUGACCAAGGUGAUAAUAUGCAGCAAGGGUUAUAAGCUCGGCUUCCCGUAUGGCUGCCUGGAACGUGUUCUACAAGAGGUUGUAUGGAGUGGUAUCGAUGAAACUAACUUGGCUUGUCGCACAGUGCAUGAAAGAAAGUUGAAUAAAAAUCCUCACCAGAUGGUCAAGAGCGGCCAGUGGCUGGUUUUAAGAUGCCUAAACAGCAAAACGAAAUGUUGCGGUACAAUCUCGUACAAUAGAAAAGGCCGGCCUUCACCGCCUUCCAUCUAUUGUGUGCAAAAAUCGGGAAAUUUCUUGGCGUUCCUUGGAUCUUUUUUUUCCUUACUAAAAUUGCAUGGGAGAUCACAAUCUUAA